AUAGGGGCAGACAUUUCUUGCAGAAAACGUAGUUCGUUGGGGGAGAGAGAGAGAGAGCUGUUCGACGAGAGAUGGCUCUCUUCCUCUUCUAAACCAGACCAAACGAAAAUUCUCGUUUCCUCUUUUACCCCUCCAUUUGGGUUUCUGCUAUACCUGUUCUUUGCUCGUUCAAAUUCCGGUUUUAGCCACAACUUUCAGACAUGGAUGAGAAUUCAAACGACAAUGAAUCCUUGAUGGCUCGCAUCCACCAGUUGGAACAUGAGCGUGAUGAAUUGCGCAAAGAUAUUGAGCAAUUGUGUAUGCAACAAGCUGGACCUAGCUACCUUGUUGUGGCUACGCGAAUGCAUUUUCAAAGGACAGCUGGCUUGGAGCAGGAGAUUGAGAACUUGAAAAAGAAACUAGCUGAGUGCACAAGAGAUAAUACAAAUCUUCAAGAGGAGCUAUCAGAGGCCUACCGAAUCAAAAGCCAACUUGCAGAGCUGCACGGCAUAGAGGUCUCAAAGAAUAUGGAAGCUGAGAAGCAGGUUAAAUUUUUCCAUGGCUGUGUAGCAGCUGCUUUUGCUGAAAGGGACCAUUCAAUAAUGGAGGCUGAGAAGGCUAAGGAGAAGGAGGAGAUUAUGUCGCUGAAAUUGAGUGAUAUCCAGAAAAGGUUAGAUGAGCUCACCUCAGAUUGUCUUGAACAGAAGGAACUCAAUGAUACAUUGCGGAUUGAUCUAGCAAAGCAAGAAGAUCAGAAUAAGACUUUCAAGAAGGUUGUUGAUAAAUUUUACAAGAUUAGGCAAAAUUCUCUCAAAGGAUUUGAGGAUAUAAGCUGGGAUGAUAAAGUUGCGUGUCUUUUGCAUGAUCCUCAAGAAAUGUGGAGUUUUAAUGAUACUUCGACAUCCAAAUAUAUUAGUGCAUUGGAAGAAGAGCUUGAGACAAUGCGGAAAUCUGUGGAUAACCAUCAAAAUAAGCUACGGAUGGGGUUGGAAAUUGAAAAGCAUCUAAAGUACAAAGUUCGUGAAUUGGAAAAGAAGAAAAUACGCUCAGAUAAAAUGAUCAGGAGUGGGAUUGCAGGGUUGCAUCAAUACCAUUCUCAGCAUAGAGUUCAUGUCAUGAAUUUACUUGAUGAGGGAAAAUCUCAUAUGAAGUCAAUUGUUGACGUGAUGGAGGAAAAGAUUAGGCAAUUUGAAGAGAGCAGAGUACGAAGUUUGCGGCCUCCUCAAGGAGAUGAAAAACUGGAAGAAUAUGAAUGUCGAGAUGUACAUAUGGCUAUUGAUGCUGGCUCCCACUUGUUAUCUAAGAGCAAUGGUCCUGCCUUACGAGAUGUUGCGGCAGAUGGAAAAGGCGACGCCUCCAAAGCCCUUGCACAGGCUUUGCAAGAGAAGGUUGCAGCAUUGUUGCAUUUAUCGCAGCAGGAAGAAAGACAUUUAUUGGAGAGAAAUGUGAAUGCAGCUCUUCAAAGGAAAAUGGAGGAGCUCCAAAGAAACUUAUUACAGGUUACCAAUGAAAAGGUAAAAGCUCUCAUGGAGUUCGCACAACUAAAGCAGGAAUAUCUACUACUUCAGGAGAAAAUUGGUAAGGAGAUUAAACAAGGAAAAGCUUUGGCUGAUAUUGGGGGGAAAAAACUUGUUACUGAAAGAGAUGGAAAGUUAAAAAACUUGCUAAAGAGAACAUAUCUGGGACGUUGGAUUGGUCCACUAGAUGUUAGCGGACAUGAAGCUGAAGUUCACCAAAAUAAUGAAGGGAAAUUAUUCAGCCGAAGGUCCAAUAGCAUGGACUUUGCCAGAAUGAAGAUUGAACAUGCAACUCUUAAGGAAAGCAUGGAAAUUAUGGAGCAUCUGACAUCUUCAAUUCAUAGGCUUCGUCUCUCUCUUUUAAAGGCCAAAGAAUCGGUUUCUGAAGGUACAGUUACUAGCAUUUCAGAAGCUCUUGAUGAUGUUAUUAAUGAGGCAAAACUUGUCAAGAUUGCCCUUGGCAGCUCCCUGCCCAUCAGUUGGUCAGCUGAGGCAGAUGUUGGUUCCAUUGAUGAAAGCAUCGGCAACGAUCCCAUAGAUAUUUAUGGGGACCCCAGCAGUGAGAAGAUAGAUUCUGUUUCUGCCGCAGGAUUUGAGAUGGUGGAGCUCCUCAUACUUGCAGCUCAGAUAUUGAAGGACGAUACAACGAGAAGUGGUUCCUUAGAAGGUAGCUGAUUAAGUUCUGGUAAUGUUGGGUCUUGGUUCUAGGUUUGAUGCCGCUUAAUAAGUACUGAAUGCUCGUAAAGGCUAUGAGGUGGAAAAAUGAAGAAUUAUUGGCGCGAUGAGGGGAUGAAAAUGAUAUAUAUGCAUUGUAAGAAGGGGGAAAAUGUGCAAAUCAGUAUGCUGUCAUUGUACAGUCAUAUUUUGUUAUACCGGUGUUUUAGGAGGAUUUUGGGGAAGUUCAUUCCCCUGAAUUUGCUAGGGUGAAUAUUUAUCAGUUGGUCACCUAAUGUACAGUAAUAUUUUGAUUGGGUUCGGAUUACAAAUCCAAUUCAAUAGUGGGUUUAAUGUUA